CAAAAGGAAAAGGAGAAGAAGAGAAAAAAAAAAUCCCACGCCCCAAACCCCCGAAUCCCCAGCGGCGGCGGCGAUGGACCCCUCGUCGGCGGGCUCCGGCGGCAACUCCCUGCCGUCGGUCGGCCCCGACGGGCAGAAGCGGCGCGUGUGCUACUUCUACGACUCGGAGGUGGGCAACUACUACUACGGGCAGGGCCACCCGAUGAAGCCGCACCGCAUCCGGAUGACGCACUCGCUGCCGGCGCGCUACGGCCUCCUCAACCAGAUGCAGGUGUACCGCCCCAACCCCGCCCGCGACCGCGACCUCAGCCGCUUCCACGCCGACGACUACAUCAACUUCCUCCGCUCCGUCACGCCGGAGACGCAGCAGGACCAGAUCCGCCUGCUCAAGCGCUUCAACGUCGACGAGGACUGCCCCGUCUUCGACGGCCUCUACAGCUUCUGCCAGACCUACGCCGGCGCCUCCGUCGGCGGCGCCGUCAAGCUCAACCACGGCCACGACAUCGCAAUCAACUGGUCCGGGGGCCUGCACCACGCGAAGAAGUGCGAGGCGUCCGGCUUCUGCUACGUCAACGACAUCGUGCUCGCCAUACUCGAGCUCCUCAAGCACCACGAGAGAGUUCUGUAUGUCGAUAUCGAUAUCCACCAUGGAGAUGGCGUAGAGGAGGCUUUCUACACAAGAGACAGGGUUAUGACAGUCUCAUUCCACAAGUUUGGGGAUUAUUUCCCAGGAACAGGGGAUAUCCGUGACAUUGGGCACUCAAAGGGGAAGUAUUAUUCCCUGAAUGUCCCUCUGGAUGAUGGGAUUGAUGACGAAAGCUACCAGUCCCUGUUCAAGCCAAUCAUGGGCAAGGUUAUGGAGGUUUUCCGCCCUGGUGCUGUUGUGCUUCAGUGUGGUGCUGAUUCCUUGUCUGGGGAUAGGCUGGGCUGCUUCAAUCUUUCAAUAAGAGGUCAUGCAGAAUGUGUGAGGUACAUGAGGUCUUUCAACGUUCCCUUGUUACUUCUCGGAGGUGGUGGAUAUACCAUAAGAAAUGUUGCACGCUGUUGGUGCUAUGAGACAGGAGUUGCUCUUGGUCAAGAGCUUGAAGACAAGAUGCCUGUCAAUGAGUACUACAAGUACUUUGGUCCAGAUUACACUCUUCAUGUUGCACCAAGUAACAUGGAAAACAAAAAUACACGACAGCAACUGGAUGAUAUAAGAAACAAACUUCUGGACAAUCUUUCAAAACUUCGACAUGCCCCUAGUGUCCAGUUUCAAGAGCGACCUCCUGAUGCAGAGUUACCUGAGCCAGAUGAAAGGCACGAUCCUGAUUCUGAUAUGGAAGUAGAUGAUCACAAGGCUGUGGAAGAGUCAACAAGGAGAAGCAGCAUUCUAGGAAUCCGAGUUAAGAGAGAAUUCACCGAAAAUGAGCACAAAGUUCAGGAUGGUCGCAGAGUUACAUCUGAACACAGAGGACUGGAACCCAUGGCAGAAGACGUUGGUUCCCCUAAGCAAGCUCCUCCGGAUGCCAAUGCAAUGGCCAUCGACGAGCCAGGCAACGUCAAGAAUGAACCAGAGGGCUCAACCAAAUUGCUGGACCAACCAGCCAUGUAUCAUAAGCUGUAACGGCGACCCCAGGUUUUUGGUGCACAACAUCCUAGUCCUACAAGCUUUUGGCAGCCCAAAAACAGAAGUGAAUCAGCAAUAUUGAUUCAAGUUCUACCCAUUUGUAAUCAGUUGAUUACAUGGGAUUGUGGUGGUGAAUUUCGAGUCCGCCUGGGAAUACCUGAAGUUGACUUGUCGAGAUAGACGAUAGUCUGACCCGUGUAUACAUGAAACAUGAGUUUAAGUUGUACAGUCAUUGGUCGAUGCGAAUAUGCAGUUAAUAGUCGGUUUGCCCCCUAGAUUGAAAAAUAUAUAUUUUCUGGCGGGGAAAGAGAGAGGAAGGGUGGAAAAAGCCCCGAUUUGUCCCUGGCUUUGACCGGACCCGAACCCAAAAGCGGGUCAAUCUUUGAACUGAACCCAACGAAAUCAGGGGCAAGAUAGUCGACGAUGUGUAGGGUUAUUAUGUUUUGGUGAUUAAUGAUAAACAUAAUGAUUGCAACUAA